GCGACAUUUAGUUUUUGGUCGAAAAAUGUUUUGCGAGUGUUUCUCGUCAUUGUUUAUUGAUAUGGCCCACAAAUAAUUGUAAUGGUUGAAGACAGACAUGAGGGCACAUCAGAAAGACGGACGGGGUUUUUUGUUUGUGUUUAUCGUCGACUCAUUAGCAAUUGGAAUUCAGACGGGAUCUAUAAUACCACAUGCUGCUUUGUCGGCAAAUAUAUUGUGCAUUACCACCCGCAUCCAUACACGAGCAUAUGCAUCCAUUUUUCCGUGAUGAUUUGAACGCUUUGGCAAUUAAUGUGUGUGAGGUUUUAGGUGGCUUUAAGCGAGACUAUGGUGAGAAAUCAGGCCUAGCAUAAAAAGAGUCUUUCAUUCUCUGUCGAAACACGACUUGUUGGUUUGCCAGUGCCAAGUCAACCUUUGGACCACCAUGAAGUUGAAACCUUUUUUCCUGGUUCACGUGAUCUUGGGCUUAAGUUGGGUCUCUUGGGCUAUACUGUUAGUCAAUGGUGAGGAGGAAGUCUUCGACGUUCCCUUAGAUCCGAAUGACUUUGAAAACGGAGCCAAUAUUCAAGACGACAUCUCCAGGGAACAAAUGGAUAAUAUAUUGGCUGAAGGCGGAUUAUUCCAAGGGGAUCUGGCCUAUUCCUUGCAAGAGAUUCAAUUGCUUAACAUGUCCAUGCCCAACAUGAGGAGUGCCAUCAAAGGUGGGCGUUAUCUAUGGGCCAAUGGAGUGGUUCCAUACACCAUCAGCACAAGUUUUACUGGUUCCGAUCGGGCAGUCAUCGCCAAUGCCAUCGAACAAUACAAAGCCAGUACAUGUAUUCGAUUUGUUCCGAGAACUAAUCAAAGAGCAUACAUUCACAUCACGGGUGGGGGUGGUUGUUCCAGUUUAGUGGGCUACACAGGAGAUCCCCAACGAGUCACCCUGGGCAGGGGAUGCAUGUACGUUGGCAUAGUUAUCCAUGAGCUUAUGCAUGCCAUUGGUUUUUGGCAUGAACAGUCUCGUAUGGACAGGGAUAACUAUGUCAACAUUGUCAAGGAAAACAUCCAGCCCAGCAUGUAUUACAAUUUCAAAAAACUCACCAUUAAUCAAAUUGAUAACAUCGGAUCCCCUUAUGAUGCAUGCUCGGUGAUGCACUACGGAGAUACGGCCUUUGCCAAGAAAUAUGGAUUAAAAACCAUUGUCCCGAUAAAAGCUUUAUCUUGCCAAAUUGGUCAAAGAACUGGAUUGAGCCCGAUUGACAUCAAGAAGAUCAAUACCUUGUACAAUUGCAAAGGAUAUCAAAAAUUGACGGGCGUAGCACUCCCCAGUACCACCCCUGCACCCACCGUCCCAGACAAAGAAGAAGGUGGAAUCAACAAAGUUGUUCAGAUUGACCACAAGAAUUGUGCAUAUUGGUCGAUCCACGGCGAGUGCCAAAAAAACCCCAAAUGGAUGUUGCCCAAUUGUCCCAUUGCGUGUGGAAACACCAAGGCUUGCGCGGACAAUAACCAUUAUUGUGAAAGUUGGGCAGCCAAUGGUCAUUGCCAAACCAAUAAAGAGUACAUGGAUUUGUAUUGCUACAAAUCAUGCCAUUGCCAGGGCCAGAAAUGCGAGGACGACGACCGAGAUUGCGCCACUUUCAAAACCAGUGGCUAUUGUCAGCACAAGGGCGGAUACGGAGAGUAUAUGAAGCUAAAAUGCCGAAAAACUUGUGGAUUCUGCUAAUCGGCGAUUUACUACUGAUAAAAUUAUAAU